UAUACUAACAAGUUAACAACAUUUCUUUCAAUUUUUGUAACUUUUUCUCAUAUUUCUUAUAUUCUUUCCCACCAAACCAACAUGGGUACUGACUUUUUUCUCAUGUAAAAUUAUACCUUCUUGACAGCAAAGCUAACAACAGCAACUAUAACAACCUAAAAGCCUCUUCUAUAACUUUGUUUUUCAUAAAAUAUUUUCACCUUUGCAUCUUUCUGUUUCGGUUUCUUUGCUUCUUUUUUCGUUGACAUUGCUAUGGGUGUCCAGGGUAAAGUAAGAGAUCGGAUGGAGAAAUUUGUUGUUCUUCCGUUCUCUUUGGGCUGUGUUUCUCAGGCUAGUGUUGCUGUGGCUGAACAAAGGCCUAGAAGAUCAAAAACAGAGUUACAAUCCCCUUCUAUGAGAACUCGAGAAGAAGAAGAUGAUGAUGAGAGCUUAUAUGGGGAGAGCAUGAAGCAUACUUCUUCUAGGUUUUUGGCACUUCCAAGAACAAACUUGUCCACAGGGGUUAACAGACUAGUGAAAGGUUUCAAAAGUUUGUCACAACUAUUCAUUUACGAAGAUGAGAUGGAAGAAUUGGGCUUGAAUAUGGAAAUAGGGUGUCCAACGGACGUGAAACACGUGACACAUAUCGGAUGGGAUAGCUUAGCUAAAACAGACUCAUUAACAGGGUGGGAUAAUAUCAUCAAUUCAGAGUUGCUAUCAUCAUCUCAAAAUCACUCUACUUCAUCUGCUGUUAGUUUGAAGCAGUUUAAUAAGCUUGCAACUGCUACUGAAAAUGACACUCCAACCUUUGUUAGUAGUCUCAAUGCCUCCUCUUCAUUAGCUUAGUCUUGAAGAUUAUAUUAAGAUUAUAUAUAAUAUAAUCUUUUGCUUUUAAUCAUAUAAUAUAAUAUAAUAUAAUAUACUUUGUAGUAUAUGUCUUGCAAUCAAAGAUGUUCUCUUUAAUUUGUGGGCAUAUACAUAUGAUUUGGGUUGUAAUUGUGUUAGUUUUGUGUAAUUAUGUACAAAUCAUGGCCGGGAUAAUUAUAUUGCAUAUUUUGGUUA